CUCCGAGCUCGCAGUCUCCUCGAGUGAAGUUCACUGAUCGGGAUCUUACACACAUACACAGACAGACAUGAGGGUGGACUCAACUCUGCAGCAUUCAGAGUGCAGAGAGAAAGAAACCACUUUUCUUGCUGUGUUUUCGUGAACCGCCUAAUCCCCUCCUCUCCCCCUGCCCCUCACUGGACUAUCUGCAUGUGUGUGCUUAUGUGUGUCUCUGCAUCUAUAGUCCCCUCUCCAGCCGCUUUAGGAAAGGGGCGAGCUCAAGCUAGUGGAUCAAGCUAUUAGCAGCGAUUACUACCUGGACUAUUCUCCGCAGCUUUGUGCUCGACCGGACUUUUCCAAGGGAGUUCGUCAGGGAAUUUGUGUCUGUGUUUUAGGGAAGGGGUGCUGAAGGAGGAGGAGAGGAGGUUGGGAGGUGAGGUGUCAUCAACUACAAGAAGAAAAGUGGAUUUCCAACAAGAAUCCUGCGUACUCUCCUGACCAUGUCCUGGAUCUGUGCUGUACUGGCGGUGCUCUGCACUUUAGUGACGGUCCUUGGUGGAUCGGUGCUGGGUGAUGCGAAAGCCCGGAGCUGUGCUGAGGUGAGGCAGGCUUACAGUGCGAAAGGAUUCAGCCUCAGCAACAUCCCCUAUCAAGAGAUAUCGGGGGAGCAUCUGCGAAUAUGUUCCAAAGGUUACACGUGCUGCACCUCAGAAAUGGAAGACAAGCUCAGCCAGCAAAGCAAACUGGAGUUUGAAAAUAUGGUCGAAGAAACCAGUCACUUUCUGCGUACAACAUUUGUUUCCAGGCAUAAGAAAUUUGAUGAAUUCUUUAGAGAACUGUUGGAAAAUUCAGAGAAGUCACUGAAUGACAUGUUUACACGGACAUAUGGCCAACUGUACAAGCAGAACUCUGAAGUAUUCCAGGAUCUCUUCGCAGAGCUGAAACGCUACUACACAGGUGGCAAUGUGAACCUAGAAGAGAUGCUUAAUGACUUCUGGGCCCACCUACUGGAGCGCAUGUUCCAGCUAGUAAACCCUCAGUACCAAUUCACAGAGGAUUACCUUGAGUGCAUCAGUAAAUACACUGACCAGCUCCAACCAUUUGGAGAUGUGCCUCGAAAGCUGAAGAUACAAGUUACAAGGGCUUUUGUUGCAGCUCGGGCUUUCGUGCAGGGUCUGACCGUCGGCAGGGAAGUUGCCAACAGAGUAGCAAAGGUCAUUCCAACACUUGGAUGUAUCCGUGCACUAAUGAAGAUGAUGUAUUGUCCCUACUGCCAUGGCCUCCCCACUGUGAAACCUUGCAACAACUACUGUCUGAAUGUAAUGAAGGGCUGCCUGGCCAAUCAGGCUGAUUUGGAUACAGAGUGGAAUCUCUUUGUUGAUGCUAUGCUCUUGGUAGCGGAAAGGUUGGAAGGACCUUUCAACAUUGAAGCAGUCCUGGAUCCAAUUGAUUUGAAGAUUUCCGAUGCCAUCAUGAAUAUGCAAGAUCACAGCUUGCAAGUGUCAGCUAAGGUUUUUCAAGGAUGUGGCCAGCCAAAACCAAUGAAACCCACGCGUAGGACACGCUCCACUUCAGAAAAUUUUAAUUUACGGUUCAGGCCCUAUAGCCCAGAAGAAAGACCAACAACAGCAGCUGGCACAAAUCUGGACAGGCUUGUUACUGAUGUUAAGGAGAAACUGAAGUUGGCUAAGAAGUUCUGGUCCACAUUACCAUACAACAUCUGUAAUGAUGAUAAAGUGACUGCUGGUGUGCCGGAUGAAGAGGAUUGCUGGAAUGGACAUACCAAGGGCAGGUACCUGCCUGAAAUUAUGAAUGAUGGUCUGACCAAUCAGAACAACAACCCAGAAGUAGAUGUCGACAUCACUAGACCAGAUACAAUGAUACGUCAGCAGAUCAUGGCACUCAGAGUGAUGACCAACAAACUGAAGAAUGCUUAUAAUGGAAAUGAUGUCAACUUCCAAGAUUCAAUUGAUGAAGCGAGCGGUUCUGGGAGUGGGAGUGGUUGCACGGAUGAAAUGUGCUCUCCAGAAUCUGAUAUUUCAAUAACUGAGGCUCCACCAGGACCCAACAAGAGUGAACCAAAAGAUUCUUCAGUCAGACCCUGCCCGCACUGGCUGGUCAUACUUGUCACCUCUGUACUCCUGGUACUGCAAAGACAGUGGAGAUAAUCAGUGAUGUACAAUAAAGACACUGCCUUUUAAUCAAGGACAAACUCUCUUUUCCUUUUGGAUACAUUUUCAAACACACAACUCAAUCUUGGAACAGUAACGGUUUUAAAGCAGAAGAGAAGAGGUACUGUAGCCUACUGCCUUUACCCAAAGACCAUUCAGGUACAGUCAAUCAGUGCCAGGUUUCUUUAUAUUCACCCAGGCAUCAAAUGAAAAGAAAAGCUCUCUGAUGAAUCUUAACCUGCAGUUGACUUUAUUUCCAGAAACAAGACAACAUCCUCUCUGCUUAUUUUAUGCAGCUAAAACAAAAAAAAAACAGGAUUUGUUAAAAGACUUGGCCUGGACUUGUUAUGAUUUAUACAUAAUUCUGCUUUUAAUAUCUAAGUUCUACUUUUACAGUUUCCACAAAGCAAAAGGAAUGGCUGGAAAACAUUCUGGAUAAUAGGAAUUGUUCUACACUAAUGGUGAAGUUCAGUAACAAUGAUGCAUGAAUGUCGUUGGUUCAGUGGUGCAGUUCUCCUCAACCAGCCAACUAUUUUGUUGGAUUGUCAAUUAGGAAAUAGGAAAUUUGCAGGUUUAUUAACAGGAUUAAUAAUUGGCUUUUUCUUGUCAUCAGUGAACAAUUUGCAGUGUUACAAAUAUGUCUACAGUUACCCCUAAUGCUCCUCUGUUUGUCUAUUGCUCCCUGUCUUUUUAAUAGGUUCCUGAACAACAAAUAGUUCUACUGUUACUAGUCAUGUAACAAACAUGAAAAAAGCAGAAUUAUAGUUUUAUUUUCAACUUUUAGUUCUUGUGGUAAUCAUCUAUUUUUAUAUUAAAGCUUUAAGUAAUUCUAAGUGUUAGCUCAGGGUUUAAAUAUCAUUGCAUCACCUGCAUUUUACCUUAUCUCUAAUCCUCACAACAGUGAUUCAGCAACAUUUAUAUUGAAAAAAGGACAAGUUAUACAGUUGCAGAAACAUCAUUUGGCAAUAUAUUUGAUGAUUGGUUUGUGUCAUCACUAUUCAUCAGAAGAAAGUAUCUGAUAUUUGUAUGAAUUUGCCUUUGCUGUUCUGUCACAUAGGUAUAUCUGUAGUAAAUUAUUAUAGUUCACUUAGUUACAUGCAAUAUCUCUCUGAUGCAGACUGGGUGAAGUUUUCAGUCACAGCAUAUUACUAUUAAGAGGAAAAUUAGAAUCCAUAUCUUUCAAUCCUUUGAACACAUUAUGCAGCUUCCAAAAGGUGCAUCUGAUAUAAAGCUGAACAACAAAGCUUAGAACCAUGUGAAAACAUGCUGAACCAAAGAACAGUUCUAAUCUGUCAGUUGUCAGCUUUCUGAACACAACCAUAUCUUACCUACAUCAAAAACAUGCUCAUUGCAAACUAAGGCCUACUUACUACAAAUGAGCAUUAUUUUUGUGAUGACUUGUCAUUAUUGUUUUCUUUUCAUGUUGGAUACAACUUAGAGUCAUUCUCUAAGUAUAAUUUUGAACAUAAUUGUAGGAGCUCAAUUAUUGGGUCAUGGAAUCAUUGAAUAGUGCAGUUUUGAUAAUACAUCCAAUUAGUCCCACUUCCCUAUUCUUUUCCCAUACCCCUGCAAUUCAUUCUUGGGGGAUGUAUACAAAUCCCUUUUAAAAGUUACGAUUAAAUCAGCUUUGACCAUCCUUGCAAAGAACAAGUUCUAGAUUAUAACAAUUCACUAUAUAAAAACAUUUCUUAUCACCCCUGGAUUUUAUUUUUAUUAAUAAUCUUAAAACCUUGCACGCUCUGGUUAUCAACACUUCUAUCAGUACAAAACAGUUUCUCCCUCUCCACUGUCAUCAAAACCCCUCAUAGAUUUGAACAACCCUGUUGUCAUUUUUUUGGGCUAUUUUUCUGCAUUGGCUAUAGGGCUAAUAAUCUCAUUAUUGUGAAUGCUACUUUUGUUCAAGCUGCAUUAAAUGGUCAUGUCAGUCCAACUCCCGAGAUAUUAUGAAGUGUACUUGAGUUGGAAUAGAACUAACAUGUUAGAAAUAAUCCAACUAAAUGUGAAUAAGGCCAAGAACAUGACAGGUGCAAUGAUCAAUUCAUUGUCAAGCCCAAUGAAUAUACCAAACUGUAUUACUAUAAUAGUUGUAAUAUUGAAAAAAAGAAAGCAGUAAUUUGUCUUUGGAAAUAUUUGUCUAAUCCAACGAGACAGGUAUUUUGCUUUGUGUGUUGCAUUUGAUUUAGGAGCUAAUGGAGAUUACUUAAGGAAAUUGGAAAUUGCACUCCAAUCUUGACAGCUAUUUAGCUAGUUGUAUUAUUGUUUCUAUAUGGGAUUGGAGUAUCACUGGUAAGUUAGUUUUUAUUAUCCACUGCAGUCCAUGUGGUGGAAUUACACUCAGAGUGCUGUCAGGAUGGGUUUGGAGCAUAUGGAACCUCCAUUAUUAUGUAUUUCCAUAAGGUGACUCUAAAAUUUAACUUGAAUUGACAUACUGUGAGAGAACUUAGCAAGCUUCACCAAUGCAACUGAACUUUGUAAAGUUUAUUUUCCACUCAUUCAUUUAUAUUUAGAUUAGACUAUUAAACAAAGAAUUGGAGCCCCAUCAAUUGAUACCCUGAAGAAGGUGAAUGAGAAUAAGAAUAAGAGUUAGUUAUGAAAGAAAUGUUAAGAGCAUGUUUGGUGAAUUAUGUUUAUUUUCUCUGCUGUUAGAUCCAUGGCUCAGAAAGGUAGCUAGCCUGAAAUGUAUUACGUUGUAAGGUUAGACUGAUUUCUGGACUUUUGAAAGGAGGCAAUCUUUUGCAACAUCUUUCCCCAUAAGAUGAAAUAGUUGAAUAUAGUCUCUGAUGUAGUGAAUUGAAAUAUUAUCAUGCGAGAAAUAGAAUGAGUAAUUAACUAAUAAUUACUGAGUUGCUCUCAGUUCAGGUUUUUCGUAUUUGUCCUGAGACCCACUGGAAUACUUAUCUUCAAACUGUCCCUGUGAAUUUUCAGUUUUUUAAAAAAUGCUUUUCAAUUUCAGUGCCAAAUAUUUACAAAAUAUGUAUUAAAUGAACAAAAUUGUCACUUGCAUGUAAGAAGACUAUUGCCUUCACUGCUGCUAAAGGAAACAGCAUUAGUAAUGAAGCACCAUUGGAUAUUUAACUAAAACGUAAAUACAUCCUCUGGAUCUGAUGUCGAGAACCAUGGAUGUGAUUUUCCUGAAUUCUGUCAACUUUAGAAUGGUCCUCAGAAAGUGUGAAUCAAGAAUGAAGAGAAAAAAAAACAUGGGGAGCAAUGGGUCAGUUAGUCUGAUAUCUGCCAAAGGGAAAUUGAUACCAGCUGCAAAUGGAGUGGUGAUAAUGGCCCUUGAACAUAACAAAAGUACAUCAUGCUUGUAACAUGCAGGGUAUAAAAGAGGGAACCAAUAGAUGUAGAGCAUUUGGAUGUUCAGAAAGCAGCAAGCUUAACAUUGCAUGUAAUAUAUUGGAAUGGAUUGGAGGUUAUAGGCAGAAACAGUUGGUAGGAAUAAAUGGGGCAUUUUCAGUUUGUCAGGCUGUGAUGAAUGAGAUACUGCAAGAUUCAGUACUUGCACCUUAACUAUUUAUAAUCUAAAUGAAUGACUGACAAUACUAAAACUAGAUGAGAAAGCAAACUAGAUGUGAAGAUGACAUGAGCAUGCCAUAAAGUAUUAUGAACAGAAUAACUGAGUGGAAAAGAAUAUGGCAGGUAGAAUUAUAAUAUAAAGGAAUGUGAAUAUGUCCUCUUUGGUCAGAAAAUUGAAUGUUUUUUAAAUGGCUAGAGACUGAGAAAUGUUGUGCUUAGAGGGAUUUGGGCAUCCUUUCAUAUGAGUCACAUCUUGUGAAGCAAGCAGUUAAAAAACAAAUGGAGUAACAGCCUUCGUUACAAGAUAAGCAAACUUUAGAUAAGAUCAUAUUUGAAAUACCGGAUACAGUAGACUUACCUUAGAAGAAUGCGAGAAGAUUCAUUAGACUGGCUCCUAUGAUUGGAAGAUGGUUAUCUGAGUAAAUUAGGUCCUAUGAGAGGUAAUCUCAGAUCAUAAGUUUGAAAGGGGCUUAACCAGGUAGUGAAGAAGAUGUUUCCCUUGGCUGGGGAUUCUAGUCUCAGGGCAAGAGAAUAACCAUUUUGAACUGUGUAAAGGUUAGAAUUUUGGAUGCUCAGGAAUCAAGGAAUACGGGAAUAGUGUUGAAGGUGGAGUUCAAUUGAAAAGUCAACCAUGAUCAUAUUGAAGGGCUAAAGAGUUAAUUCUGUUCUAGUUCCUUAUUUUCUCCUGUGACAACACAUGAUAAAUGCUGAGUCACUCUCACAUCGUCAACUCAUAAACAUAUGUCUGCUUAUUUAUUUCAAGGAUAAGAAAUUGUAUCUAUAAAUUUGCAUGCAUCAACACAAAUGAGCUUUUCUGUAAUUAUUAGAAAAAUCAGAUGAUUUUGUAACAGAAAACAAUGGAUGAAAUUCUUUUCUAAAGUGAGAGAUGGUGCCCUUCAAUACUUACUUUAAAGUUCAUUUAUGUACCCAUGUAAGGGAAAACUGGAACUCUCUUAAUCAGGUGUGGAGUAAGUUUAUGUUUAAAUUAAUUGAAUUAGGUUCAAGUGAGAGUAGCUACUAAUAAAUUAUUCUGCUUUUUUACCUUAAUUUUUACAACAUUUAAAAUCUAAUGGGAGAGACAUUUGAUACUCCUAAAGGAAGUAGAGAUAUGGGUGCAACUGUAGCAUUAUUACUGUGCAAGUUAUUACUUAGGUUACAGCCAUUCAAGUUUCCAGUACCAAUACUAACAUUCAACUUAUGUUCCUUGAGGUAUAAAAAAAGUUAUGUUUUAGAAUAUGGUGCAAUGCUUCAAAUCAAGGUAGCAACAGCAAAGUUAUGAUUUUUCUUCAUCUCUGGAACAAAGUAACAGGGCACGAUUGUUCCCAACAGGGUCACAGGUUGAUUAAACUCAUGAAAGCUGUGCUAUUCUUUUGAUGCUUUAUGCUGCAGUGUUUCAGACUCUGUAUAUGGUGGAGAAUGUGUAAAACUUUACACUCAACACAGAUACAGUUUUGAGAUCAUCCGUGCCAUUUUUAAUCAUUUCACAACUUACCAUUAGGGAUGAAAUUUGUCUGCUCAUUCAUUUCAUUGAGAAAGUUGACUUGAGUAGAAAGCUCAUGUUAAUCUUUUCACUAGUAUUCCUUUUAACUCAUAAAGUUCUGCCAUAAAUACUAAACACAAAUGUUUGACAUAAACUUACUUGUAAUCUUCAUUUGAUCACGUAUUAGCCUUAAUUUUUCUAAAAACUUCCUUGAACACUCAGGAAGAAUGGUAUUUAUCAAAAUAUUUCUAAAAUGAAAAUUUAGUAUGCAUUGUAUGAUGUCAUCAUCAACCAAUGUAAUACAGAAUCUAGGUCAUGUGAUUCAAGUUAUUCUUUGAUGCUGGGAGGCGAACAGCCUUGGGUUGAUGAACCUUUAUCUAGUUACAGUGCACAAACUGUCAUAAAACCAUGUAACAUUAUGUGAUACAAUAUGUUAUUUUCUGGUAUCAAAUAGCUAAAUAAAGCUUCCUAUCAUUUCA